GGUUAGAUUUGAUAUAAAGAGAUUUUUCCUAGACCGAAUACUCGAACUCUCGACAUGUCUUAAUCUACGACUAGUCUAACUAUACAUCAAUUGAUGUUUCUGAUGAUGUCAACCGGCUGAUGCCCUGGCCCGAUGAUUAGUAUAUUCAUGGACGAGCAUCGGCAGAAAUGUCCGAUUGAGCAGCUAUAACAAAGAAAAACGCGACAUCGUACGUAGAAAAAGGCGCAAGAGCAAGGAUUGCUCGUUUCCAUUGCUUUGUUGUUGGUAGAAGAUCAACGUAGCUUCAGCAGUCGGUGCAAUCCAGUUCCGAUUAUCGGCACUUUCUCGCAUCAGCGUCGCUCACUAACUAACACAACUCGACAUAUAACAACGCGAGUCGACGCAUUUUUGCAGUAGGAAAUGACACAAGAUAUAACUCAUCCAAUUCAAUAAAUGAAUAUUUAUACCUCUGCUCUUGCUCGCUGCCGCCCAACGGCCUGCGACACGCCCAUCUACGCCAGUCUUGCUCGGCCCAUAGCCCGAGCUCACUAUAAAUCAUCGCGAUUCUGUACGUCGUCUGCACCCAAGAUGGCUGCGUAUAGGCAAGCAAACGACUGGAACGCAGAGCAAUACAGCAAGUUCCUUGGGGAGCGCACGCGUCCUGCACUCGACCUACUGGCACAAAUCCAGACCGAACGGCCGUUGCGCGUGGUCGAUCUGGGAUGUGGCCCAGGCAACUCAACAGAGGUGCUCUUGAAUCGCUGGCCAGAUGCUCACAUCACGGGCAUGGACUCGUCGCCAGAUAUGGUGGCCAAGGCACAGAAGACUCUACCGCAGCUGGAGUUUGAGCUCGGCGACCUCAGUACGUGGACUCCAUCGCCAGGCGGUCCCGUUGACGUGUAUUUCUCGAAUGCGGUGUUUCAAUGGAUCCCUAGCGAGCAACGGCUGCCUUUGGUGAGCCGGUUUUUAGAGAACCAGAAUUCUGGAGGCGUGUUUGCUUUUCAAGUGCCUGACAACUAUCUCGAGCCCUCGCACGCCAUGAUGCGUGAGACGGCGGUCGAUGGGGGGCCGUGGACUGCAGUCUUGAAAGACCGACAACCGGCACUGGCCAAGUUUCAAUCCGCACAAGAAAUUUACGACAAUCUGAUUCCCUUAUGCUCCAGCCUGAAUAUCUGGCAUACGCAUUACUACCACAUUCUGGAUAACCACGAGGCGGUGGUUGAGUGGGUGAAGGGCACGGGCUUGCGGCCGUUUAUUGACCCGCUGUCGGAGGAGAAUCGCAAGGGCUUUAUUCAGCGCUACUUGCAGAGGCUGCGAAGGGUCUAUCCGGUGUGUGUGGAUGGGAAGGUGAUCUUGAAGUACCCACGGUUGUUCGUGGUGGCCGUGCGGAAGUGAUUCCAUAGACAGAAUUUAGAAUUUAGAAUUUACAAAGGCUAACAUUACCACUUGACAUGUAGUUGAUACAUACAGCAUUUGAAAAUUCACGCC